UAAAGGUUCCAAAAUCAAUAAUUAUCAACUUUACAUGUUAUUUUUCGCUGAAAUAUAAACAUGAAAAUGUACGUAUUCUAGAAAAUAAACCUAUCAAUUUGGAAUAAGGAUACCAAAUUCGAUAUUUUAAUUUUUUAGGUUAGAAUUACGUCAAUAAUGUCAUGCAUGGAUUGCAUGGUUUAUGCAUCAGACUACUGAUCACUAUUCAUAUUUCAAUGAAUGUCUAGGUUAAACAAGAUAAAUUUCGAUUAGAUUCUCUAAGAUAUUAUACUAGUUAAAAAACAAAGAUAUUUUGCAUAUUAUAUCAUAGUGUGUAUAGCAUAUAAUUGUAUAAUAUACGUGGUAAAUAUUUUAUAAGCAAUAAUCAUGGGAGGCAAAAAGAAACGGAACAAGAACAUAAAUAUAACUGAAAAUACAGAAGUCGAAAAUGUUAAUGAACAAAGUACUGAAAAUCAUGAUGUCAUUAGUGGAUCACAACAAGAAAACCAAGAAGAUACUGAGUUCUUAGACAAGAAAGUAAACAAGAGACCUCAUGCAGAUGAUGGUUCAGACUCAGAUUCGGAAAAGCCUAAAAAAGCAAAAAAGAAAAAGAAGAAACCACCUGUGGCUGCAGAAGAAACAUCAAAUAAAAAAGGUAAGAAGUCAAUACGUCAGUUGAAAAAGGAAAAAUAUGCUCAGCGACAAGCCGAUGCACAAGCAGUUGCUAAAGAUCAAUUGAAAUCUCAAUGUCUCAACUACCUAUCACAGUGGAAACAUGACAAACAAAAUUGGAAAUUUAUGAAAGCUAAACAAGUGUGGCUUUAUAAAAAUAAAUUUUCUACACAACUUGUACCAGAAGCAAACUGGCCAGUCUUCUUAGAAUAUUUUGAAUCAGCCACAGGAAACAUUAAGAAGAUGCUGCUUGAUGAUGCUCACAAAAUUAUAAAACAAAUGGAUGAGUGGACUGAAUCACAUCAAAAUGAAGAUGUUGAAGGUAAAGAAGAAGAAGAAACCACUUCAGUAACUAAACCUGAUGAAAACAUUUAUAAAAGAGCUCGGAGUUUAAUACAAUGUCUACAAGAAUAAAACUGCUGUUUUACUUUUGCUAAAUUUUAUUCCAACUACAUAAUUAUGAGUAACAAGAUCAAUAAUUUAUAUCAACAAAUAAUAAAAUUGUAUUAUCCAUCCCUUCGAUAA